GGCUCAGUUCAAGAGCAUUCAAGCCCUGCUGAAGUUUACUGUUAAAAUGGAUCUCUAUACGCUGGCUCUAGCUGGUGCAGGAGCAGUCGCAACAGUUGUUGCAGCACCUGCCGUUUUAACGGCUGUCGGUUUCACCGCAAGUGGAAUAGCAGCAGGCUCUGUUGCCUCCUCACUGAUGUCAGUUACCGCAGUGGCUAGUGGCGGUGGGGUCUCAGCCGGAUCCGUGGUAGCAAUUCUUCAAUCCGCUGGUGCUGCUGGAAUCCCUAUAGUGGCUAACGUCGUCAUGGGCGCUGCGGGAGCCGUUGUGGGUGCAGCUGCCGGUAUGGCUAGCAACGGCACUGCGUAACUAAUCAUACUUGUCUUAGGACUAUGUAACUUAGGCCUACUAGUAUAUAUGGUAUGUACUUGUCAUUCUAAGACCUAGGCUAUAGCCUUUAUAGGGAUAUACAUAUUAAUUGAAUCUGCCUGUUUAUCAAAUUCUUAAAAAAUAAAACAAUAAAUUAUUCUCAU